CUUAGCUCCAAAAAAAGCAAAAAUUCUAACUUUAAUUUCCAAAAAAUUCACUCUCAUUUCUCCUUAAAUUGUGAUAAUUUGUGGGAGUUAAAAGGUUAGAUCUUUAAUGGAGGAUUCAAGAAGAGGAAGGGGACAUGAAUACAACUUGGCUUGGAGGAAAGCUGAAGAAGCAGCUUUGAGGAGAUAUCAAGCGACCCACUGGUUAGAAUGUUUCGUCGGACCGUUAGGUAUAUCAAGCCAGCCUUCUGAGAGAGAGUUUGUUUCUUGCUUGAGAAAUGGUUUGGUUCUUUGCAAUUUAAUUAACAAAGUUCAACCAGGAUCAGUUCCAAAGGUUGUAGAAAACCACACGCCUUCGCAUUUAAUCAUGUGGGAUUCUCAGCCAUUGCCAGCAUAUCAAUAUUUUGAGAACAUUAGGAACUUUUUGGUAGCUGUGGAAGAUCUAAAGCUACCAGCUUUUGAGGCAUCUGUUUUUGAAAGGGAUAAUAUAGAGGCGGGUUCAUCAACAAAGGUUGUGGAUUGCAUUUUGGAACUUAAAGCAUACCAUGAGUGGAAGCAAAUGACUGGUGGCGUUGGAAGUUAUAAGCCUUUGAGGUCUCCUCUCUUGACCCCUUCGAGGGGAAGGAUUCAAGCACGACAACCUAUGACGAUUGAUUCUGAUAGUUGCAGGCGAUUGGAAAUGUCUGCUGCCUGUCCAAAACAAUCAUCGGCAGAGGAUGAAAUUACGAAAAUUGAAGGCAUAAUUGUCAAGGCUCUAGCUGAAAGAAUGGUGGACAUGAAGGAAAACAUGGGAAAUAACUUCUUUGCUUCUUUUCGCAAUGGGAAUGUGAACCAAGUUGAAUUGUUCAGAAGGAUCUUGUCUAGUUGCUUCGAAGAACAACCUCGAAACAAGUUGCCGAAGUUGAAAUCAGAUCCUUUAAAAGAGAUGAGCUGCUCAGAAGACAACUCCAUGACCACAUGCAUACCCCUCGAAAAUUUAUCUAAUCUUAGAAACCGCGAGUGUUGCAGAGCUUGCAUAAAGAAGGGAACUUGCAACCACUGGACUCUAGUUACAAUGCAUGAAAAGGAACUUUCGAAUCUUAAGGUCCUGUUAUCAAGCACAAAAAGAGAAUUUGAAGAUCUGCAGUCUCAGCUACAAAGUGAUCUGAAGCAACUUGGAGAUCAAGUACUUGAGAUGUCUAAUGCUGCUCUUGGAUAUCACAAGGUUCUGAAAGAAAACAGAACUUUGCAUAACAUGGUUCAGGACCUAAAAGGGAAUAUUCGAGUUUACUGCAGAAUAAGGCCUGCCUUCAGUGCAGAAGCAAAAACUGCCAUAGAUUUUAUUGGAGAAGGUGGUUCUUUGGUUGUAAUUGACCCACUAAAAUCCUGGAAAGAUGGGAGGAAAAUUUUCCAGUUCAACCGUGUUUUCGGUCCAACUGCCACUCAGGAAGAUGUAUUUCGAGACACUAAGCCGCUUGUAAGAUCUGUGAUGGAUGGUUACAAUGUGUGCAUAUUUGCUUACGGUCAAACUGGAUCAGGGAAAACAUAUACUAUGUCUGGCCCUGGAGGUGGAUCAUCAAAUGAAUUCGGAAUCAACCAAUUGGCUCUGAAUGAUCUGUUCCUACUGUCUGAUGAAAGGAAGGACAUCAUGAAUUAUAAGAUCCACGUUCAAAUGGUCGAGAUAUACAAUGAACAAAUUCAUGAUCUUCUUGCAAACGAUCAUUCACUUACCAAUUUAGAGAUUAGAACCUGCAUGAGUGGCAACGGUUUGCCUCUGCCUGAUGCUAGCAUGCAUCUAGUGAAUUGUGCUGCAGAUGUUAUAAACCUGAUGAAACUUGGUGACUUGAACCGUGCUGUUGGCUCUACUGCCAUGAACAACCGCAGUAGCCGUUCACACAGUGUGCUGACUGUACAUGUGCAUGGUGAAGAUACAUCUGGAAACAUAAUACACAGUUGCCUCCAUUUGGUUGAUCUUGCUGGCAGUGAACGAGUUGACAAGUCAGAAGUUACUGGAGACGGCCUCAAAGAGGCACAACAUAUAAAUAAAUCUCUCUCUUGCUUGGGCGAUGUGAUCACAGCAUUGGCACAGAAGAAUUCUCACAUCCCUUAUAGAAACAGCAAACUCACAUUACUCUUGCAGCACUCUUUAGGUGGACAUGCAAAAACAUUGAUGUUUGCUCAUGUUAGUCCUGAAGGGGAUUCCUUUGGAGAAACAGUUAGUACUCUGAAGUUUGCACAGAGGGUUUCGAGUGUGGAACUUGGUGCAGCUCGUUUAAAUAAAGAGAGCAACGAAGUUUUAGAACUCAAAGCUGAGAUUGAGACCCUCAAAAAGGCGUUGGCUAACAAGGAAACACAAACUCCGCAAAUUAACAAACCAAAGGAAGCAGCAAGAACACCUUUCCAGAAGCCUAAAGCAAUAGCUGAGAGACCCACUCCACGAGCUCGAAGAUUAAGCAUAGAGAAUUGCACCACCAUGAGGGUAGAAAAGGCCAACGCUGAUGAUGAAACGGGAUCCAAAACCCCAGCUGUGAAAACUCGUUCGAGAAGAUUAAGUUUAGAAGGGCCAAGAUUUGCCAGUAAGAACCUUGAACAGAUCAAAUCAUUAGAAACCACAAGCAAGCGAGAUGAUAAGCCAGAAGUAGUGUGCUUACAGAAAUCUAGCGAGCUUCAAGAGGGAGAUAAUGUCACAAAAUUGCAUGAUCAAGUUGGUAAUGGUAGCUGCAUGAAGGCUCCUCACAGUCCAACUUCUGCUUUUAAACGCCAGCAGCCUCAUCGAAGCCCAACUGCUGGUUUUAAAAUUCAGCAGGCUCCUCGGAGUCCAAUUUCUGGUUUCAAAAGUCAGCAGGCUCCUCGGAGUCCAACUUCUGCUUUUAAAAGCCAGCAGCCUCCUCGAAGUCCAACUUCUGGUUUCAAAAGCCAGCAGCGAAGUCCAACUUCUGGUUUCAAAAGUAAGCAGGCUCCUAGAAGUCCAACUUCUGCCUAUAAAAGCCAGCAGCCUCCUCGGAGUCCAACUUCUGUUUUUAAGAGCUGCAAUGCACCUAGGAGUCCAACAAGUGCUGCUAUUAAAAGCCAGGGGGUGAAAACAACAGAUAACAGGACAAGGAUUCCUUCUCUUCAACUACCCAAA